UCCCAGUACAUUUCUCGGUAGAUUGACAGAAUCGCUAAGAUGGCUGAUAUAAAAGAAUCUCCGCCGCUAUUUGAUACUAAUGAGGUGAAAGUUGAUGAUUUAGACGACGACGAUGAAGAUAUUUUUGCAUCAGCAGUACAGGAUCAAAGUCAAUUAGAAGAUUCACUUCCUUACAACGGAGUAUCAACUAUUCAAACAGAAUUACCAAAGUUAACUUUACGAGAUGCACCAGAAGAAAAUUCAUUUUCAUCGGUAUCAAGUCCUGCACCAGGACCAUUAAGUUCACCUUUGGGACCAAUGAGUACUGACAUAGGUGAUCUCCAUGAUGUUCCCAUAAACGAUAAUACAGAUGUACUUUCAACAAAUGUUAUACAGACUCAGUCACCUGAUGUGGUAUCGACAGAUUCUUCUGACGUUUUCUUAAAAAUUACCGUAACUUCUCCUCAAAAAAUAGGAGAUGGAAUGGGUGCUUAUGUUGCUUACAAAGUUGAGACAGAAACAAAUAUGCCAAUAUUUAGAAAGAGAAAUUUCAGUGUUAUUAGACGCUUCAGUGAUUUUCUUGGCCUUCAUGACAAAUUAACAGAUAAAUAUCUUAGAAAUGGCAGAAUAAUUCCUCCUGCUCCAGAGAAGAGUGUUAUUGGAACAACUAAGAUUAAAAUGUCUGGUGACAAGAAUCAAGAACAAAAUUCCAGUUCUACAGAAUUUAUUGAAAAACGCAGAGCAGCACUUGAAAGAUAUUUGAAUAGAACUGCAGCUCAUCCAGUGCUUAGUGUUGAUCCUGAUUUUAGAGAAUUUUUAGAAGCUGAUAUGGAAUUACCUAAAGCUACUAACACAUCUGCACUUAGUGGUAAAGGAGUAAUGAGGCUGUUUAACAAAGUUGGAGAAACUGUUAACAAGAUAACAUAUAAAAUGGACGAAACUGAUAAAUGGUUUGAAGAGAAGACAUCACAAAUUGAUUCUCUUGAUGUUCAACUGCGUGCAUUACAUUCUGCUGUUGAUACCUUAACUAAUCAGAGAAGAGAAUUAGCAACAUGUACUGGUGCAACAGCAAGAUCCAUUGCAGUUCUUGGUCACGGAGAACCAGGAGCAUCUCUUGGAAGGGCAUUAGCUCAGUUAGCUGAGACAUUGGAAAAAGUAGAAGCGAUCAGAAGAGCACAAAGUAAUAGCGAUCUGUAUCAGUUUGGAGAAAUGUUAAGAGAUUAUGUUGCACUGAUUGGAGCAAUAAAGGAUGUAUUUCAUGAAAGAGUAAAAGUUUUUCAAAAUUGGCAACAUGCUCAAAUGAUGUUAAAUAAAAAAAGGGAACAGAAAGCAAGAUUAGAACAAUCUGGAAGAACUGACAAAACAAGCCAAGCUGCUACUGAAGUAAUAGAAUGGGAAGCAAAAGUUGAUAGAGGGCAAGAAGAAUUUGACAAUAUUUCGAAGAUAAUUAAAAAAGAAGUUGAACGAUUUGAAUUAGUGAGAGUGGAAGACUUUAAGAAACAAUUAACAGAAUAUUUGGAAUCCAUGUUACAGUACCAAAACCAACUUAUUAAAUAUUGGGAAAGCUUUUUGCCUGAAGCACGAGCAGUGGCAUGAACAUUCCUGAAGUAAUAUUGAAACUUUUUCUUAUUAUAAGGAAAAGAAAAAUCUAUAAAUGAAAAGUUUUGUGCAAUUUUUUAAAGCAAACUUUUAAUGAAUGAUAAAUAACGUUUUAUGGAAAACGUACAUUUAUCGAUUUGCGGUACAAUAAUAAUGUUUGCAUAAUAAUGAAAGAAUUAUCAUCUUAUGGCAAUAUUUGGAAAAUUCAUAAACAAUAAUUUCGAAAUACUGCCAACAAUGCUUUUAUACAUGGAAAAGCAACAAAAAACGUGGCAUAUUUCAUUUAAAUUCUUUUAUGUCGAUUAUUCCUGAGUAUCAUGCGUUUACAGUCUUCAUACUAUUAGUUUAUGUUAGAGAUAUAAAGCGCAUAAUACUGUUUGUUAAGAAAUGUUAUAUGAUAAUAAAAAUCGAUUAAGAUUGUAUAAAUAGAGAACAUUAAAUAUCUAUUUGUUAAAACAAA